AUGAGCUUCUUCGCCCCCGUUCUCGCCAUCCUGGCUCUUACCGGCGUCGCCCGCGCAGCGGCCGGUGCGUCGCUUGACCCUAUCGCCCAGCUCAGCAAGACGGGCUACAAGGAGCUCUACGACAUGGGCUACACGCUACGCACGCGCUACCCGGAUCUCUACGAGGAGGGCGACGAGUUCUUCGUCUGGGCGAACAACUACACGCGCGUCCUGCAGACGGCGCAGCUGUUCGUUCGCGGCUACCUCGGCCCCAACUCGACCCUUCUCGGCAACGUCGUCUCCGUCACCGGCCGUGGCGUGCCCGCUCACCUCGGCGACACGCUCGCGCCCUCGGACAUGUGCCCGACCUUCAAGGACGACAGCAGCAAGCAGACGAACGCGUGGCGCGCCCUCUGGCUGCCGCCCUUCAUCAAGCGCCUCUCCCAGUACAUCGACGGCGACCUGGUCCUCGACGACAGCCACUGGAACGACUUCCCCUACAUCUGCGGCUUCGAGUCCCAGAUCACCGGCCGCCUGUCGCCCUUCUGCGACACGUUCACCCAGGAGGAGCUCGAGCAGUACGAGUACCACCAGGACCUCCGCUACUACUACGGCGUCGGCCCCGCCGCCGAUGUCGCCUCCAAGAUGAUGACGCCCUUCCUCGACAGCCUUGUCAAGCUCCUCGCCAAGGGCCCCGGCGUCGCGGGCUCGUGCGCCGUCGGGAGGUACGCCAGGUUCGUGGCCGACGCGCUCGAGAAGAACGGCGACUUUGCCAAGCUCUGCAAUGCCACGGACCCGGCGACGCCAAAGCAGGUCAAGGGCGCCAGUUUCUUCACGGAUCUGGGGCAGGAUCACCUGCAGAUUGUGAAGCCGUAG